UGCAAAGCCUUCUUAUAAACAUUUCCCUUUGCACCUUACAUACUCUGCUUCCUCACAUUUCAGAAACUAACCCAAACAAAAUGGCCUUUACACUUCAUUACUUUCCCGCCAAAACAAUAACAGCCAUAACUACCAUCACCCAGUUCCCUGAAAACCCUAAAACCCUUAUCCUAAAACAAUGCAAAACUACCAAAGACUUAAAACAAAUCCACGCCCACUUAAUAAAAACCCGUCUCCUUUUCAACCCCACCACCACCGAGAACCUUCUGGAAUCUGCCGCCAUACUCACUCCCGCCAGCUCCAUGGACUAUGCACUGUCCAUUUUCCACAAAAUUAAAGAACCUGAUUCAUCAGCUUAUAACAUCAUGAUCAGGGCCUUCACACUGAAGCAGUACCCUCAAGAAGCCGUGAAUUUGUUCAAAAACAUGUAUGAAAACUCGGUACAACCUGAUCACUUCACUUUCUCUGGUACAUUAAAAGCUUGCUCCAGGUUAAGAGCAUUGAAAGAAGGUGAAGAGAUUCACGCCCAGAUUGUGAAAUCUGGGUUUGAGUUCAAUGAAUUAGUUUGUAAUACUUUGAUACAUAUGUAUGCUAAUUGUGGAAAAAUAAAGUUUGCGCGUAAGGUGUUUGAUGGAAUGUCUCCUAAGGAUGUUUUUACAUGGAAUUCAAUGUUGUCGGGGUAUGUUAAGAGUGAGUAUUGGAUGGAGACUGUAAAUUUAUUUAACGAAAUGCGUGAUUUGGGUGUUCGGUUUCAUGAGGUUACAUUGAUUAGUGUUUUGACGGCUUGUGGAAGACUAGGUGAUAUCGAAUUAGGAGAGUGGAUUAGUGAGUAUAUAGAAUUAAAUGGGCUUAAAGGGAGUGUUAAUUUAGUGACAUCAGUUGUUGAUAUGUACGCAAAAUGUGGUUAUGUUGCCAAAGCCAGGAGAUUGUUUGAUCAGAUGGAUAGGAGAGAUGUUGUUGCAUGGAGUGCCAUGAUUUCCGGAUAUAGCCAAGCAAGGCAAUGCAAGGAGGCACUUGAUGUUUUUCAUGAUAUGCAAAUUGCAAAUGUGGAGCCUAACGAGGUUACUAUGGUCAGUGUACUUUCUUGCUGUGCUGUUCUUGGAGCUGUAGAAACUGGUAAAUGGGUUCACCUUUAUGUAAAGAAGAAAAAAAUGGAGCUUACUGUUACCCUUGGAACUGCGCUAAUUGAUUUUUAUGCAAAGAGUGGGCUUAUAGAGGACGCGAUUGAAAUGUUUAAGCAGAUGCCUGUGGAGAACGUCUUCACCUGGACUGUGCUAAUUCAAGGCCUUGCUAAUAAUGGACAAGGAAUAAGGGCUCUUGAGUUUUACCAUUUGAUGCGAGAAAAGAAUAUUGAGCCAAAUGAUGUGACUUUCAUUGCCGUUCUUUCUGCUUGUUGUCAUGUGGGAAUGGUUGAUGAGGGUCGGGGAUUUUUUGUCAGUAUGAGCAGAGACUUGGGUAUUGAACCAAGGAUGGAACACUAUGGUUGCAUGGUAGACAUUCUUGGUCGAGCUGGGAUGAUUGAAGAGGCAUAUCAGUUCAUAAAGAACAUGCCCAUCCAACCCAAUGCUGUCAUAUGGAGAACAUUGUUGGCUUCAUGCAGAGUUCAUAAAAAUGUUGAAGUUGGAGAGCAAUCAUUGAAGAAACUAGUUCUAUUGGAACCCAUGCAUAGUGGAGAUUACAUACUUCUAUCCAAUAUUUAUGCAUCAGUGGGUAGAUGGGAGGACGCGAUGAGGGUAAGGAAUGAGAUGAGAGAGAAGGGAAUAAAGAAGACACCUGGUUGUAGCUUGAUUGAAUUGGACGGAGAGAUUUAUGAAUUCUUUGCUGAAGAUAAUGUGUGUUCACAUUCUAAGGAGAUAUAUAAAGCAGCUGAAAACAUGAUCAAAAAGAUAAAAUCAGCUGGCUACAUACCCAACAAGGCAGAUGCAAGACUAGAUGCUGAAGAAGACGACAAGGAAGCUGCAGUAGCUCACCAUAGUGAGAAAUUGGCUAUUGCCUUCGGUCUUAUCAAAACUCCUCCGGGAACUACAAUCAGAAUUUCGAAGAAUCUUCGAGUGUGUACAGAUUGCCACAAUGCAACAAAGAUAAUAUCAAAGGUAUUUAAUAGAGAAAUUAUAGUUAGGGAUCGGAAUCGAUUUCAUCAUUUUAAAGAGGGAUUUUGUUCCUGCAAUGACUACUGGUAAAUGCACAUUCUAGUUAUGUCAGUAAACCAUGCAUAUUUAGUUUAGCCCUCUGAUAUGAGAAUAAUAUAUUUUUAGUAGACGACAUAGACAAAGUGAGCUGCACAAUCUCAAGUCUGAGCAUGUGUUGAUACAUUUUCAGAUGCUCAAUUCCGUAAAUAAUAAGCAGUAUAUUUUUGUAGACAUUAAAAAGAUUAUCAAUGCAGCAAUAGUACUG